GUUACUGCGCUUAGUAUAUUCAAAAAAAUAACUUUUAGUUUAGUGCAACAAUUUAAAAACGAUGGAUUUGCAAGAAAAGUGUGUACUAGCUAGUCCAGCAACCACGCAUUGUUCAGAAUUGGAAUAUUUGAUAGCAUUACAGUCGGAGGAGCAUUUGGGAUCGCAGCCAAGGCGCUCUCAGCGUUUACGAGAUAAAGAGCAAAGUGUAAUAAAAAUGUCCAGCAAAGAAUAUGGUUCACCACAACUAUUUCUGGACACAGAUGAGGAAUUUAUACAGCUGGCUCAAUUGCCACCUAAGCUUCCCAGAUUUCCAAAAACUGUUAAAAGGGCAAUUACAGUAACUAACUCGGAGAUCCAUAAGGGAACUUCAAGUCAAGCAAAGCGUAGACGUUGUCAAAGUAGUUCUCGGCCAAGAGGUAGUUCAAGAAAACCGGGGAGACCAACUUUGUCGUCUAAACUAAAGUUGAAAACAAAGUCAGCUGAACUGCAUAAUAUCACUAACGUAUGUGAAAGUUAUUAUAAGCAACCUGUUCAAGUCCCAACCGAAGUCCAAUUGGAAACCCAGCCUCUAACUGUACAACAAAGUGUGACAUCAACACACUCCGUUCCAUCAAACCAACAGUUGCCUCAGUCUACACCACAAAUGGUCUUCGAAUCCCAACAGAUUUCUGCCUUGGAAAUGAAACCACGCCAAGCUGCUUCUUCAGGACCAGCUGAAGUUUAUUUUGAGGAACAGCCUUCUACUUCCUGGCAGCAAAUUAAUCAACAAAAGCCCCAACCGACUUCGUUAAUCGCCAGUGCUUCGCAAGCAUUUGCAUAUCAUCGUAUGAAUCUCACACAAACCUUGUUGCCAGAUCGUUAUCCUGCACAUUUUAUACAUCAAUUACCACCGACGUGCAACACAUUGAAUGGCACAAUCUUGUCCAGCGAGCUGCAACGCGUACCCAAACCAGACGGGGCAAACACGGAGCUGCGUCGUCUGUGUCCAACGCCCGAUACAACGCCAACAAAUCUGGCUCAAUCCAUGGUAUCGUCGCCAUCGCCACCACUUGUCGACACAACUAUUUCCACAUCGCCAUCGCUUAGUGAGUCACUCGCCGAGGUGUUUGGCACUAAGAAGAUACGCAACAUUUUGAAUAUUGAGGCGCCACGCAAGUAUCUAGUGCUGGAGAUGCAUCUCCCGGCCAUAGCGUUUAUGCUGGAUGUGGAGCUGGGACGCUUGCGCACCGUCUUGGAAAUGACACAGCGAUUGACACUAGAGCAGCUGCAGCAAAUGUCGCAGGAAUCGCGUGAAAUUAUCACCAUAGAGACGUCCAGCGGGGAUGAGGGCGAUGCUGGAGAACUAUAA